UCGCUUCAGCGCCGACUCACAGAGGUGGAGGGGUAAACAACGAGACCACAUCAUCCUGAAAAUGGGCAACUCUGACUCUAAACUUAACUUCAGAAAAGCAGUGAUACAGCUCACCACCAAAACACAGCCUGUGGAAGCGACAGAUGAUGCGUUCUGGGACCAGUUCUGGGCGGACACGACCACUUCAGUGCAGGAUGUGUUUGCACUGGUGCCAGCGGCUGAGAUCCGAGCCGUUCGGGAGGAGUCCCCCUCGAACCUAGCCACCCUCUGUUACAAGGCGGUGGAGAAGCUGGUCCAGGCCGCGGAGUCGGGCUGCCCCUCGCAGAAGGAGAAGCAGAUUGUGCUGAACUGUACCCGCCUGCUCACCCGCAUCCUGCCCUACAUCUUUGAGGACGCAGACUGGAGGGGCUUCUUCUGGUCCACUGUGCCAGGGGCCGGCCGAGCUGGGGCAGACGAUGGUGACGAUGACUCUGGCCGUCCCCUGGCCGAAUCCCUGCUGCUGGCGAUCGCUGACCUGCUCUUCUGUCCGGAGUUCACCGUCCUGAGCCACAAGAAAGGCAGCCUGGACUCUGCUGAGGACAUCCACUCCAUUGACAGCUGUGAGUACAUCUGGGAGGCUGGGGUGGGAUUCGCUCACUCCCCACCACUCAACUACAUACACGACCUCAACAGGACAGAGCUGCUGAAGCUCCUGCUGACCUGUUUCUCGGAGGCCAUGUACCUGGCCCCCUCCUCCGAGAGCAACGUCCUGAACCCCUGGGUGCAGUUCUUCUGUUCCACAGACAACAGACAUGCCUUGCCUCUCUUCACCUCCCUGCUCAAUGUGGUCUGUGCCUACGAUCCUGUGGGCUACGGGAUCCCGUACAAUCACCUGCUCUUCUCGGAUUACCGCGAGCAGCUGGUGGAGCAUGCAGGGCAGGUCCUGAUCGUCAUGCUGGAGCACGAGGGCGGCACGGCGGCGGGCAGCCCCACCCUGGACGGCACCACCACCACCACCGCCAUGGACGACCAGGACCCCGUGGGACCUGAUAACCUGUUUGUCAACUACCUGUCCAGGAUCCACAGGGAGGAGGAUUUCCAAUUCAUUCUGAAGGGAGUGGCGCGCUUGCUGACGAACCCCCUGGUCCAGACCUACCUGCCCAACUCCACCAAGAAGAUCCAGUUCCACCAGGAGCUGCUGGUGCUCUUCUGGAAACUUUGUGACUUCAACAAGAAAUUCCUGUUUUUCGUGCUGAAGAGCAGUGAUGUGUUGGAUAUCCUGGUUCCAAUUCUCUUCUACCUGAACGAUGCCCGGGCAGAUCAGUCCCGAGUCGGCUUGAUGCACAUCGGAGUGUUUAUUCUGCUGCUGCUGAGCGGGGAGAGGAAUUUCGGGGUGCGAUUGAACAAACCCUACUCCGUGCGAGUGCCAAUGGACAUCCCAGUCUUCACUGGGACUCAUGCUGACCUGCUCAUCGUAAUUUUUCACAAGAUCAUUACCAGCGGUCACCAGCGGCUCCAGCCUCUCUUUGACUGUCUGCUGACGAUUGUUGUUAACGUGUCCCCCUAUCUGAAGAGCCUCUCCAUGGUGGCAGCUAACAAGCUGCUGCACCUCCUGGAAGCCUUCUCCACCAGCUGGUUCCUGUUCUCCGCCUCGCAGAACCACCACCUCGUCUUCUUCCUGCUUGAGGUCUUCAACAACAUCAUCCAAUACCAGUUCGACGGCAAUUAUAACCUGGUGUACGCCAUCAUCCGCAAGCGCAACGUGUUCCACCAGCUUGCCAACCUGCCCACCGACCCCUCCUCCAUUCAGAAAGCCCUGCAGCGCAAGAAGAAAUCCCCAGAGCCCAUCUCCCGCACCAACUCCCAGGAGGGGGUGUCCAUGGAGGGCUCGCGGCCGGCCGCCCCUGCUGAGCCAGGCACCCUGAAGAUAAGCCUCAUUGCCACACCAGGUAUCGACAAGCUGACGGAGAAGUCCCAGGUGUCAGAGGAUGGCACAAUGAUCUCAGUGCAGCCGACAGACUCUAAUCAGAGCCCUUCACAUAGCAGCGGGGCUGCAGGGGCCAGUGACACGGAGUCCAACGCUGGGGCCGUAGACGAUGAGGUUUUCUAUGUCAAACCAGAGAGAAGGCGUCUGUCCAGCACUUCCUCUGUGAGUCAGUGGACCCCCACCUCAGACUGGGUAUUAUCCUGGAAGUGCAAGCUGCCUCUGCAGACCAUCAUGCGCCUAUUGCAGGUCCUGGUGCCUCAAGUGGAGAAAAUCUGCAUUGACAAGGGUCUGACGGAUGAGUCAGAGAUCCUCAAGUUUCUCCAGCACGGGACUCUGGUAGGAUUGCUGCCAGUGCCACACCCCAUCCUGAUCCGCAAGUACCAGGCAAACUCCGGAACUGCCAUGUGGUUCCGCACCUACAUGUGGGGAGUCAUCUACCUGCGCAAUGUGGACCCCCCGAUCUGGUACGACACAGACGUGAAGCUGUUUGAAAUCCAGCGAGUGUAGAAGGCAGCGUGUCGAAGCCGGCGGCAGAAACGGGACGGUUGUGUUUUUUGGCUUCCCUGCAAACAACAAACUGUUCAGUUUCUAAGAAACAUCACAUCACUCCUAUUACUAUCUGUCAGGGGGAAUGAGUCUGGCUAAAGGGGGAGAGGUAACCCAGCUGCUGUUCUUGCUGUGAAACAGCUGAGGGCAGUGAUUCAAUAGCCAUGUCCCCUAGGCCGAUCAUACUGAGACCAACAGUAACGUACUGUCAAAAAAAAAAAAUUAAUUCGAUUCAUAAGCAGAUGAAAUUAUGCGAUAAUGAUGUGCCAUUGAGCAGCAGUAUUAUAAAAAAAUAAUAAUAAAUUCAAUAAAUACCCAAGAUUUUGACACAAAAUAUUCCAAUAUUCUAAUAUCUCCCCUGAACCUUUUUUACAGUAACUCUUGUACAUCACUUUUCGCGCUUUACUGAAAACAUGUAAUUCCAUUGAAGAGCCACAGAAUGGAAUUGCACAGUCCAAACAGGCAAAGCAGAACCACUGACCCAGAGAAACAGUGGUCAUGUUCAUCUUUGGCAGCAUUUACUGCUUAAAGGAAAACCAAACUGGGUGCUGUUCUCCAAAGAGAUGAUCCUUCACUACUACUGCGCAGGAAUUUAGUAAUGAAAUAGCUGUUAGAUGAGAGCUCUCUUUAGUGAAUAGCAGUACUCCUUCAUUAGUUAUUAAACACAAUGUAAUAGUGUAGCAAGACUUCUGUGUUGCUGCCACAGAGGAAGAAGUAUACUGUGAUUUCUGAAGUGGGUGGCGGUUCUAGGGAAAUGUUGACUUUUUGGGCCAGUCUAAAUUCAUGUCAUCGUAGGUGAUAGAUAUCUGUUGGCCACUAGGGCUGGGACCAAAUCAAAACUUUGACAACCCGCUAAUCACGCUUAACAAAACUGUAUUUAAUAGCGUUUUCUUUUUUUUUGUAACUAUCUUAUUUCUUCUACUCAUAAAAAGAAAACGUUAUUAAAUACAGUUUUGUUAAGUGCGAUUAGCGGGUUGUCAGUUUUGAUUUGGUCCCAGCCUAAGUCACUUUGGUUCACCACAGCUUCAAAGGUCAGAAGAGGUUAUACUGCUGCUGCUUUUAUUUUAAUGGGGCUGGCGUUUGUGAAACACUCCUUUCUGACUUUGUUAACAGGCUUGCGCUCUGCAGAGCAGGAUGUUAAGAAAAAAAAAAAAACGGCUCACAAGACCAAGAGCUUUACAUGUUUUGUAGUCAAUCAACUCAUAAUUUUGCUGUGCUUUCAUUAAAUGUUCUUUUGCACUUCUGUUGUGUGGUUUCCCCUUCCAUUUGCUUUCGGGGCGUUUAACUGCUACCUUAUUAAAGGCUGCGAAGAAACCUAUCUAUCGGCAGAACACUUCUGAAAAGGGUUUAUUAACAUGAACUUGCACAGAAAUGUGUUGUAUGUUUCGUUGAUAAGAGAGAGAAGUUCUUGAUGUGUGCUUUUAAGAUUUAAAACAAAUGUUGCCUUUUUUUUUUAAUUAAAUCCGCAACUCUGAACUCUGGACUUGUGUAAAAGUCACUUUAUGUUCAUUGUUUUUUUCUUGCUGUUUUUAAUCUUAUAAAUGUACUGUUUGGCUGCACCAGUCCUUUAUAAAGUAUUCAAUACUUGACAACUUCACUGUAACACUAGACCAGACUGGGAUGUAACCAUUAAGUCACUGACAAGAUUAGCAGUCUGCUGCAUCUGUAAUGCUGCUGCUGUUGUGGUGGUCUGUGUUUUAAAAAUGCCAAUGUGUUAGCUCUUCACAAACUACAAACAAAAUCUAUAUAUGUGUGAUGUUUAAAUGAAUAUUUCCUUCAAGAUAUGUAGAGUAUAUUGUAAAUUAUUUAUAAAUGAAAAUGUUAAACUAAA